AUGUGCGAAAUAAUUCUGAAGUCUAAUAAACAAAGAAAUAACAAAAUUCGAAAACGUGAAGUAACUGAUUCAGCCCAGAAAAAACAAAGCUUUACCAAGUUCAAAGAGUUUGUGGAAGAAAAAUUAAUUCAGCACACACAAGCGUUGGAACAUCUUGUUAAAAUGGUGCAACUCAAUGAGGAUACUACAAAACAACUGCUCGAAAAUUUGAGCAAUAAUAUUGUGAAGCCAAAUUUACCUGAACAAGUAGAGGUACAUUAUCAGCAUAGACAUAGUGGUGUAGAGAAUGAGCAAUCUGAUCAUCCGGUUGUAAGACUUGGGAAAAAUAUAACAAAAUACGGGAUGUUGGUGGGCAAUAUGUUAUUGCAAGAACUAAAAAAUGAUACCGAUCCUAUACCAAUUGUCGAAAAUAAUCCUGUUUAA